AUGACGCGCCGUACCGACAUGAACGUAAACGGAUCUGAACCGAAGGUGGAAUGUUCUCCAGAGGUGAUGAAAGUGACUGUACCUAUCGAUGGAGACAGGAAAGUCACGUAUUUGGAACAACUUAAAGAAUACAAGCCCUGUCUGCCGGAGAUGGAUGGAAACACAGCCAUGUUCGUCUUGGAUCUGCAGGACCAUCACAAGUGUGGAGUCACCAGGAUACUGCAGACUGGCACGGGCAAACGCUCCUUCUACCGUAAUAUAGUAAUAGAGGACGCUGCCGGCAAUAUCGAGAUGUUGACGGCUCGCUGCUCGGUCGCCGGCAAACUACGCUACAUCUCCAAGAGGGACGUCCCUCCCUUCCCUCUGGACUUCCAUGAGCCUGACGUCCUAAACAUCACCAGAUACGAAGAAGGCAAGGCUCCCGAACCUGUUCUGGGUGCCAUUGUAAAGCAGAAUGGAAAACAAUGUUCAGUAGACACCUACCUGUUUGACAACUUCGUGACGUCAGAUGGAGACACCCUGACAGCCAAGUUCAAGGCGUUCAAGUUCCCUGACACUUCGUAUGUGCAGUUCAAAGGCACGGUCACCGUUUGCCUCGACAAAUGCCAGGGGGUACAAUGCAGUAACGGUCAGAUCGCUUACGGCCGGAAACGACGCGCCAUCAGCUCCGGUAGUGACGCGAACAAGGUCUAUGAGGUGUCGCUUACUACCUUCAUCAAGGUCGACUAUGAAGACGGACAGAAUGCUAACGCAGAAGAUGUCCUAGCACUCCUAAGGAACUUGAAGGUUGCGAACCAGCGUCUAGGAGACAUGGAUGGAACACCAGCUACCGUAGCAGAGCAUACAGCCAAGAAUGUUCUAGUGUAUCAAGAUCCCUUAGUUCUAAGUAAAGCUAGUACCCUAACCAGUAGCCUAUUACUUCUGAUAAGUCUGCUACUCCUAUUCAAAUAGAAAUGGCAAUAAUAAAAUUAUUAAAAAAUUUCGACUACAUCUCAAAAGACUAAAACUCCAAUUUAGUGAUUUCAUUUAAAAAAAAACGAAUGACGUUUAAUUGGCGGCGCUUCUAGCGCUGUUAAACGGCAAUAUUUCGAACUAUUUUUUAACGCCUACAAUU